AAUGUGCAUAGAAGACCCUAAACUAAACAAAGCCUUGGAAUUGAAUCUCUCUCGUCUGCCUCAAUAUCUAUCUGUCUCUUCUAUCCAUCUUUGCUGCUCGAUAUCAAAUUCGCUAAUGGCCGCAGCGGCAUUUCAAUUUUUGCUCUCCUCCUCCUUCCUUCAAUCAUCUUCGCGACCGCCCAUCGCUAAACCCACACCCCCUCCUCAGACACUCCGCCGUCUACCAAUCUCCUCCUCCUCCGCCGACACUCCUCCUCCGUCGCCAUCAACAACGACCCUGAAUCCUCCCCCGAAAAAGCACUGGAAAAUCGGGGAGUAUCCCGGUGUCUCUCAGACCUCCACUCCACAAUUCUCAACCAACAACAACAACAACAACAAUAAAAGGAGAACCCCCAUUAAGAACAUCAAGAAAAAGCUGGACAGGAAGAAUGUCGCCAAGGCAUGGGCUAAUACUGUUACUGAAUCUCUCUCCGAAGCCAUUGACAAGAAACAGUGGCUCCGGGCUCUUCAGGUUUUUGGGAUGCUAAAGAUGCAACCCUUUUACCAGCCAAAGGAAGGAACUUAUAUGAAGCUCUUGGUUCUUCUUGGGAGAUCUGGGCAACCUGGACAAGCCUGCCAGCUGUUUGAUGAAAUGCUUGGAGAAGGAUUAGAGCCAACAUCCGAAUUAUAUACAGCAUUGUUAGCUGCAUGUUGUCGAAGCAAUCUGAUUGAUAAAGCUUUCAACAUUCUUGGACAAAUGAAAUCCCUUCCUCUUUGCCAGCCUGAUGUGUACACGUACAGUAUACUGAUUAAGGCAUGUGUUGAUGCCCGUCGGUUUGAAAUGGUUGAGUCUCUCUACGAUGAAAUGUCUGAACGUUUAAUUGUGCCAAAUACUGUUACCCAAAAUAUAGUGCUAAGUGGCUAUGGGAAGGCAGGGAAAUAUGAAGAGAUGGAGAAGAUUCUUUCCAGGAUGCUUGACAGCACGGCAAGCAAGCCCGAUGUGUGGACUAUGAAUACUAUUAUUAGCUUAUUUGGUAAUGAAGGUCAGAUUGAAAUGAUGGAAAGAUGGUAUGAGAAGUUCCGAAACUUUGGAAUUGAGCCAGAAACACGCACGUUUAACAUUCUGAUUGGUGCCUAUGGAAAGAAAAGGAUGUAUGAUAAAAUGUCAUCAGUAAUGGAGUACAUGCGAAGGCUGUCAUUUCCCUGGACAAUCUCGACCUACAAUAAUUUAAUCGAGGCAUUUUCAGAUGUCGGGGAUGCAAAGCACAUGGAGUAUGCAUUUAAUCAGAUGCGUGGGGAAGGCAUGAAGGGGGACACGAAGACCUUUUGCUGUCUGAUAAGAGGGUAUGCUAAUGCAGGCAUGUUCCAUAAAGUGGUUAGCAGUGUUGAGUUAGCCGGAAGAUUGGAGAUACCCGAGAAUACAUCAUUCUUCAAUGCAGUUCUGUAUGCGUGCACAGGGGCAGAUGAUUUAAUGGAGAUGGAGAGAGUUUUCAAGAGAAUGAAGGAGAAAGGGUGCCAACCAAAUUCGGCGACAUACUCUAUAAUGAUGGAUGCUUAUAGGAAGGAAGGCAUGAAUGACAAGGUGUAUGAUCUGGAGCAAGAACAAGCAGAGCAGCUGAAGUUGAAUGCUAAUGCUGCUGAGAUGAUGAUGGAAGGAAAACAGAAUGUUGAAAUAGAGGGCAGCCCUGAUGGUGAUCUGAUGACAGAGUUGCUCCAAUAAAAAUGAUCACUAAGAGAUAAUGAAAUGAAUGUUGGUGGUUGAUGAAGUUGAGUUAGAUGCUGUAUUGUGUAUAUUCAAUAUUCAUUUCUAUCACCUGAAGGAAGGAAGGUCUUGCAACUGGAGUGGAGUGACAUUAGCAUGCAUACAUACAUACUUACAAUCUCAGAGGAUAUUUUGGAGAUGGCAGAUGAUGAAUUCGUUCCAAGUCGAAUUGCAGCAUACAUAGCAUUGAUGGAGGUGGAGGUGUUUCUGUGCUCAGUGAAUUGGUACGGUAGUAGUUAGUGGUCACACUCACAAUCACAUUUCAAGAACAAGAAGGGGAGGGAGGGAGGUGUGUGUAUGCUCAUGCUCAUGCUCAUGCUCUACUCAAGGCAUUAUUCAUUUGAUUGUGUUUAGGGAUGGAAUUCGUGCUGUUGCUGCUGCUUUGCUUUGAUUGUAUGUAUGUAUGAAUGUAUAUUAGGCGGUGGUUGGCUGAAUUAUUAGUGACACUUAUUUAUUAAUCAUAUACUACUUUUUAA